CUUGGAAGUCUUUGUUCCAAGCACUACGUGUGUGGUUGCUUGGAUCCUUUAAUUAACUCCCUCCACUCCUAAGGGGUCCGAGGCUGUGGGAUGCGAUGCUGACUCUGGAGUGGGAAUCCGAAGGACUGCAAACGGUGGGGAUUGUGGUGAUUAUAUGUGCGUCUCUGAAGCUGCUUCACUUGCUGGGACUGAUUGAUUUUUCUGAAGAUAGUGUGGAAGAUGAACUGGAGAUGGCCACAGUCAGGCAUCGGCCUGAGGCCCUGGAGCUGCUGGAAGCCCAGAGCAAAUUCACCAAGAAGGAGCUGCAGAUUCUUUACAGAGGAUUUAAGAACGAGUGUCCCAGUGGUGUUGUUAAUGAAGAAACCUUCAAAGAGAUUUACUCCCAGUUCUUUCCACAGGGAGACUCUACAACAUAUGCACAUUUUCUCUUCAAUGCAUUUGAUACAGACCACAAUGGAGCUGUGAGCUUUGAGGAUUUCAUCAAAGGUCUUUCCAUCUUACUUCGGGGGACAGUACAAGAAAAACUCAACUGGGCAUUUAACUUGUAUGACAUUAAUAAAGAUGGCUACAUCACUAAAGAAGAAAUGCUUGAUAUAAUGAAAGCCAUUUAUGACAUGAUGGGUAAAUGCACAUAUCCUGUCCUCAAAGAAGAUGCUCCCAGACAGCAUGUGGAGACAUUCUUUCAGAAAAUGGACAAAAAUAAAGAUGGGGUUGUUACCAUAGAUGAGUUCAUCGAAAGUUGCCAAAAAGAUGAAAAUAUAAUGCGCUCCAUGCAGCUCUUUGAAAAUGUGAUUUAACUUGUCAAAUAAUUCUCAGACCAAUGUGAACAACUCUACCACAUUUAAAGAUGGAGCUACCACUUUUAGCAUAGAUUGCUCAGCUUUACACUGAGGCAUAUUAUGCAACAAGCUUUGUUUUAAUAUAAAACCAUCCCCA